CAGAAGAUCGUAGUACUAUAGUAUGGAUCGUGUGACUCAGCUUUCACCUCGAGCGUAAAAAUAAAACCGAGUUAAACUGCAGAAAACAACUCCCGAUUGAGAAAGUACUCUUUCGAGCAUCCUUUAGUGCAAGUGCGGUUUUCUGCUGAUACUGUGCAGUGUGCAGUUGUUCCAAAUAGGGACUGAAUCAAGUGUAUAAUGUGUUCGCGAUAAGAUUUAUUCUUCUCGUACGUGUAGAAUGUAGAUCUAGUGGUCUGUAUAUAUAUAUAGCUAUACACGUUCUACCCGUAUAUGUAGAUGUAGAUCUAUUAUGCUGAACCAGCUAAAGAUUGUGUGCAACCGCGAUUUGUUUUGAGACUUUUUGAGGCUGUGAGCUGAAAAACUGAAGCAGCCAAAUGAACCUCAGGAUGCUACCUCAAACUUCUGAGAUCAUUCCGACAACCUUAAAUCCGCAAAAAUGUGUUAAAGCACGUGCCCUUUAUGAUAAUAUAGCAGAGGCGCCCGACGAACUAGCAUUUCGAAAAGGUGAUGUGCUUACCGUUUUGGAACAAAAUACGUCUGGUUUAGAGGGUUGGUGGCUUUGUGCAUUGAGAGGAAGACAGGGCAUUUGUCCAGGAAAUAGACUGCGACUUCUCGUAGGACAGUACGAGAACGGGGGUUUCGGUGGUAACAGAAUGGAUCCAACAAUGGCUGAUGACGGGUCGCAAAGGCAUGGAAAACGACGAAGCUGGCACGUGCAAUCGAAUAGGGUAGUAACUCCUCAAAAGUGCGGGGACGUUUAUCUUUACGACCUUCCAGCAAACAGAGGAAGCCCGGCCCCCUCUUCUAUGUACGAGUCUCGUUUAAAUGAGAACGAUCAAUUACAGAUGGGUCGUUUUUUAUCGAAUAUGAGAACACCGGGAGGUGACAGUACCGGUGAUAUGAACGAUUGUUACGAUACACCACCUAGAGCUGUUCCCGUAAUUCAAUCACCUAACAGAAGUCCAAGUCCGGCUCCAUCCUGCUACGCUGUUCCAAGACCAGCAGCUUCCUACACGCCAAAUUCAAAUUGCUCUGGUGGUUCUGGAAUUACACCUCUCGAUAAUUACGAUGUGCCGCGACCCUUGCAACCCUUGACACCCAGCAGCUCAGCCUCCAGUCUGACGAAUGACGGCUCUCUUAGUGGAUCUAAUAGAUCGAGCCUAACUGCCCCAGAUUACGAUAUACCUCGACCACGUCUUCUAACAUCUGCAGUGUCCUCGCGCCAUAAUACACCCGUGCCUAAAACUCCAACUCCUCCGCCACCAAAUCAGCAAAUUUACGACGUGCCCGUUAAUAAAGAGUUGCCGCUGGAAUUGGACUCGGCCUUGGAGGGUCUGCAGAGGCUUCAGAGUGAAGCAUCGGCCGCAAUCAGUAAACUUUUGGGAUUCGUAAGUCCGGGAUGGAGAUCACCUCAAAAAUUAGAUAAAACUUUAAUGGAUCUUCGAUUGGCUUCUCUCAGACUAAGAACCUCAUUGCAUGACUUGGCCGAAUUCGCAGAAGGAAGCCUGGGAAAUGCGGGAAAAGCGCCGGACAAGGGUCUGGCGAUGAAGUUGAGGCCUCUGGUGAAAGCAUUACGAGAUUCCGACAAGCUUAUUCAAGAAGCGGCUGGUGAAUUAGAUACGAUCGAGUGGGACGCAGGUCAGCUGUGUCGGGGAGGCGACGAUACACCGACGCCAACAAAUUGCACGACGCCCUCGCUUCUUGUGCCGGUACAGCCGGAUCCACUCGAUCAGCUGAUUGCGUGCGCCAGGUCUUUGACCGAGGAUGUUCGCCAAGUUGCUAGUUUUAUUCAGGGAAAUUCAACAUUACUAUUUAAGAGGUCUUCGAUGAUAUCUACAAGCUGCAGUAAUAACGAUGCUGGUGAGGAUUAUGAUUACGUGAAUUUGGACUCGAAAGAGGUAGUGGCAAAGCAAAGGGAAGAAUUAAGAGCAGCUUUACCGCAUGAACUUCGCAGUAGCUAUGAUCUUCUUGUCACAGAGGCAGAUCAUGCUGCAAUUCAAAUGCCACACGUCACCAUUUCGCCAAUGGAUCCGAACGAUAAACAAGUUUUGGCUUUUUAUGCAGCUCAAGUGAUCACUCACGGAUCUCAUCUCACCCAUGCAAUUGAUGCUUUUCUGCAAACAGUUGAGCACAAUCAACCGCCAAAGGUUUUUCUGGCACACGGAAAAUUCGUAGUGCUAAGCGCGCACAGAUUAGUUCACAUCGGCGAUACUGUACAUAGAAAUGUUUCGCGAAAUGAUAUUAGAACGCGGAUUCUUCAAUGCGCGAAUGCUUUAAAUGAAGCGCUUGCACAAACCGUUUCUAAAACAAAGCAAGCUGCACAAUUUUUCCCGAGCGUUACAGCAGUGCAAGAAAUGGUGGACAGCGUUGUGGACGUUUCGCACACGGCCAAAGAUUUAAAAGUUGUUUUGAUUCACGCGGCCCAACAGCCUUAAAAAGUGGGUAUUAUUAAUUGAGCCAUCCUGCAGGUAGCUGAUAUAAAGAGAAAUGACAAAUAUUAUGCAAAUAUAUCAGUUAUAUAUUACAUGAUAUUUUCAUGAUUGUCGUUGAAAAGUAUGUAUUAUUAAUUUAGCCAUCCUGCAGGUAGCUGAAAUAAAGAAAAGUAGCAAUCACAUUAAUAUUAUGUAAGUAUAUCGUUUAUAUAUUACAUGAUAUUGCGUGAUAUUUUCAUGCUUGUCAUUAAAAAGUAUGUAUUAUUAAUUUAGCGAUUCUGCAGGUAGCUGAUAUAAAGAGAAAUGACGGUCACAUAAAUUUUAUGUGAAAAUAUUUUUUACAUAUUACAUGAUAUUUUAAUGAUUGCCAUUAAAAAGUACGUAUUAUUAAUUUAGUCAUCCUACAGGUAGCUGGUAUAAAGAGAAGUAGCAGUCAUCUAAAUGUUAUGUAAAUAUAUCGGUUAUAUAUUACAUAAUAUUUGCGUUUUUCUCAUUAAAAAGUAUGUAUUAUUUAUUUAGCAAUCCUGCAGGUAGCCGAAAUAAAGAGAAAUGAUAGUCACGUCAAUAUUACGUAAAGAUAUCGUUUAUAUAUUACAUGAUAUUGCGUGAUAUUUGCAUGAUUGUCAUUAAACAGUAUGUAUUAUUAAUUUAGCCAUCCUGCAGGUAGCUG